AUGCCUUUCGAGACUGAGCUGACCCGACGGUUGGGUAUCAAAGUGCCCAUCGUCCAGGGCGGUAUGCAGCACGUCGGGACGGCCGACCUCGCCUCGGCCGUCUCCAACACGGGCGCCCUCGGCAUCAUCACCGCGCUCAUCUUCCCGACCCCCGAGGAGCUGCGCAAGGAGAUCCAGCGCUGCAAGACGCUGACGACUAGCCCCUUCGCCGUCAACAUCACUCUCCUCCCGGCCCUCGUGCCCCCGGACUACGCCGCCUACGCCCAGGUCGUCAUCGACGAAGGCAUCCGCAUCGUCGAGACGGCCGGCAACUCCCCCGGCCCCGUCAUCAAGCAGCUCAAGGCCGCCGGCAUCACCAUCCUGCACAAGUGCACGACGAUCCGGCACGCGCAGAGCGCCAUCAAGCUCGGCGUCGAUUUUUUGAGCAUCGACGGCUUCGAGUGCGCCGGCCACGUCGGCGAGUCGGACAUUACAAACUUCAUCCUGCUGUCGCGCGCGCGGCAGUCGCUCCAGGUGCCCUUCAUCGCCAGCGGCGGGUUCGCCGACGGCGAGGGCCUCGCGGCGGCGCUGUGCCUCGGCGCGUGCGGCGUCAACAUGGGCACGCGCUUCAUGUGCACGCUCGAGGCACCGAUCCACCAAAAGAUCAAGGAGGAGAUCGUCAAGGCGCAGGAGACGGACACGACGCUGCUGAUGCGGCGGUGGAGGAACACGACGCGGCUGUACAAGAACAAGGUCGCGGAUGAGGCCGUCAAGGUCGAGCAGGAGAGCAAGACGGGCGAGUUCUCUGACAUCGCGCCGCUCGUGAGCGGCAAGCGGGGCAAGGAGGUGUUCAUCACGGGCGACCCCGACUACGGCGUCUGGACGGCCGGGCAGGUCAUCGGCUUGAUUCACGACAUCCCCUCGGUCAAGGACUUGGUUCCCAGGAUAGAGAAGGAGGCCGAGGCCGCGCUGAGAGAGAGGCUGUCGCUCAUCAAGCCGGCAUCCAAGUUGUAG